CUUCUGACAGUUUUGACUUCCGUCUCUCGGAGCUGUCUUUUUUUUCGCUGCCGCCAUUGCUGAACGAAACUUCUCCGUCGCACGUUCAAGCCGACCUUUCCCUACUUCUUCUGUUCUCAACUCCGUUAACGGUCUGCUCCGCCAGCCACCAGCACCCACCAUGCAUCCCCCAAUCCUCCUUCUGCUCGCCCCACUCCUCACACUCUUCCCCCUAACCACGGCAAUCACCUCCAUCCCCCUCUCCGACUGGGACGUCCCCUCCCGCCUCGACUACUGCGCCUCCACCCCCUACACCGGCGACACCUCCGCGAUCCUGUUCAACAACUCCGCCAUCCCCUGCCGCGAAGUCCAGUACGACGCGCGCACCCCCAAUCGCGGCGCAUACAAUAUCGGCCAGCAGGCCGUCGUGUACCUGAACUUCACCACCACGGAUACGCUGACUGGGGACCCGUACCCGAACACGGCUGUAUUUUAUCCGACCGUCGAUGAUUACUCCGAGUUGGUUAUACCGGAUAGCUGGAGUGCAAUUGCAGACAACACAACAACCGUCCCCGCCUCCUCUCCAACGGUUGGGCUCACGCUCAUGCACAACGGAGGGUCGUACGUCACUCCAUCGCGGAAAUGGGCCAUCAAAGCCCAGUCGGAGAUCCUGUACGUGCCUUCACGGACUGCGAUCGUGACGCUGGACAAUGGGGAAAUAACAGACUUCAACUGGUACCAGACCUCCUGCACACUCACAACCUGCACAUGUCUGGACGAUAUCUGCACCGACACCUGUUUGGGGAAGAAUUGCACUGUUACGGUGUAUCUGGGCUGGGCAGGCACCGACGCGACCGGGACGGAUCUGACGAGCUCACAGCGGGAUAUUUGGCGGUUCCAGAAUGCGAUUUGAGGUGGGGAGGCGUGGGGAUGUCGCAUACGGUUAAGUGCUGGCAAUCUCAUUCAGUCUGCGAAGUUUCCACACGCCAACGAUGUUUCAAAUUUUCCCCCGCG